GAUCUGCAGUUGUGUGAAGAAGCACGAUGGGGUGCAAUCAAAACUGUGGUUUGCUAACAGGAACAAUCAUUGGGGCUGCGUUAGCCAUCCUGGGAGGAAUUUUAAUCCCAGUUGGAAAUAACCUCGUUGAGGACACAGUAAAAAAGGAAACUGUCAUUGAAAAGGGUACAACUGCCUACGAGAACUUUUUGGUUCCAGGGAGUCCCAUCUACCGACAGUUUUGGUUGUUCGAUGUACAGAACCCAGAGGACGUGAUGGCGAACGGUUCCACUCCAAUUCUUCAGCAGAAAGGUCCUUACACUUACCGGAUGCGAUAUAUGCCCAAGGAAAACAUCAUUGAACAUGAAGACGGCACCCUGUCUUACUUCCUGCGAAACAUUUUUCUUUUUGAACCUGAUAUGUCCGUUGGGACAGAAAAUGACACUGUUACCACUGUCAACCUUGCUGUUGUGGCUGCACCCGUUUUGUAUCCGAAUACAGUUCAGUUACUGAAUAUGUUUAUACAACAAUCAAAAUCAAAAUUUCUCCAAACUAGAACCGUGAAAGAAAUACUUUGGGGCUAUGAAGAUCCAUUCCUGAAAUUAAUUCCAAUACAAAGCAUUGAUAAAGUUGUUGGAGUAUUCUAUCCUUUGAAUGACACAUCUGAUGGCCCUUACCGAAUUUACAGUGGGAAAAACAAUAUAAGCCGGACGGGAAUUAUACACAGUUAUAAAAACAACAGGACCGUUGAAUACUGGCAAAGUUAUUGUGCUAUGGUGAAUGGCACCGAUGCAGCGUCGUUCCACCCGUUUGUCGACAAGAGUGAAGUGCUGUAUUUCUUUUCCGCAGAUAUUUGCAGGUCUAUGUCCGCAACAUUUGAUACUGAGAAGACAGUGAAAGAGAUCCUUCUUUAUCGGUUCCCUAUUUCACCAAUGGCUUUUGCCUCAGUAGAUAUCAACCCUGAUAAUAUAUGCUUCUGCAACGAAAUGGAGCUGAGUCGGAACUGCUCAAUACGGGGAAUUCUGGAUGUCAGCUCCUGCAAAGGAGGUAAACCAGUCUACAUCACAUUGCCCCAUUUCCUACAAGUGAGUGAGGAAUUUUUUCAAUAUGUUGAGGGACUGAAGCCAAAUAUGGAAGAACACAGGACUUUUCUGGAUGUGGAACCAAUCACAGGGCUUACCAUGCACUUUGCCAAAAGGCUGCAGUUAAAUUUAAUGGUGCAACCGAAUUCAAAAAUCACAGUCCUAAAAAACAUCAAGCAUCGCUUUCUCUUUCCUAUUUUAUGGCUGAAUGAGACGGCUGUGAUCAGUGAUGAGAAAGCAGAACUUUUCCGAUCAAAAGUGACCGACAAGAUCAAGUUGCUGAACAUCAUUCAAAUAGUGCUCAUCACUCUUGGUUCUGUGAUGUUCCUGGGAUUCCUCAUUGCCUUUUUCGCUUGCAAAAGAAAGAGUCCCAAAUAAGUAAUCUAAAAUAGGACUGGGAAUUUAGAUAAAUUAAUUCAGCUCCACCAGAUUCUGGGUGGCAUUGGACAUUAAAAAAAAAAAAUAGCGAGAAGCAAGAAAAACAGCAAGAAAAGAACAAUGGAUCUCCAGGCCAACUUUCCAACUAGAAGAUCAAAUUCUUGAACUGCCCAGGUUUUAGGCAAUAUCCUAAACAUUAAACAUCUCCAGAGGGUGCCAUUGCAGCUGACAGGUGCUUUGACAGCACUACAGAUAGACCUUGACUGACGGGCCACAAAUGAGCCCAAAAUUUAUGUUGUUAAGCCAGACAUUUGUUAACUUGAGUUUUGCCCCAUUUCACCACUUUGCUUGCCACAUUUGUUAAGUGUAUG